GGUUGGGGGGGGCAGGAGGCGGAGGCCAAAGCUCUGCAGAAGCCAGGAUCUGCCCCCAGAGCUGGGAAGCUGCCUCCUGUUUCCCAUCCCCGGUCCUGCUCACCAUGCCCUGGCUAGGGAGGCUGGAGCUGCUGCUACUGGCUGGCUGCCUGGGAGUCCAAGGCCUGAACCAGGAAGAGAAGCUGCUGAAUGACUUGAUGAGAAAUUAUAACCCAAACCUCCGGCCAGCGGAGGUGGACUCGGACAUCAUCAACGUCACCCUGAAGCUCACGCUCACCAACCUCAUCUCCUUGAAUGAGCGGGAGGAGGCGCUCACCACCAACGUCUGGAUAGAGAUGCAGUGGUGUGACUAUCGCCUGCGCUGGGACCCCAGGGACUACGAAGAUGUGUGGGUGCUGAGAAUCCCCUCCACCAUGGUGUGGCGGCCCGAUAUAGUUCUGGAGAACAAUGUGGAUGGAGUGUUCGAGGUGGCCCUCUACUGCAAUGUCCUGGUGUCUCCCAAUGGCUGCAUCUACUGGCUCCCACCUGCCAUCUUCCGUUCAUCCUGCCCGGUCACCGUCACCUACUUCCCCUUUGACUGGCAGAACUGCUCCCUGGUUUUCCAGUCCCAGACUUAUAGUGCCAAUGAGAUUGAUUUGCAGUUGAGGGAAGAGGAUGGCCAGACAGUGGAGUGGAUUUUCAUUGACCCGGAGGCCUUCACUGAGAAUGGGGAAUGGGCCAUCAAGCACCGCCCAGCCAAGAAGCUCCUGGAUCCCCCAGCAUCCCCAGGGGAAGCUGGGCAUCAGCGGGUGGUCUUCUACUUGCUCAUCCAGAGGAAGCCUCUUUUUUACAUCAUCAACAUCAUUACUCCUUGUGUGCUCAUCUCCUCUGUGGCCAUCCUUAUCUACUUCCUACCUGCCAAAGCUGGUGGUCAGAAGUGCACCGUCUCCACCAAUGUCCUGCUCGCCCAGACGGUCUUCCUCUUCCUCGUGGCCAAGAAGGUGCCUGAGACCUCUCAGGCUGUGCCCCUCAUCAGCAAGUACCUGUCUUUCUUGCUGGUGGUGACUAUCCUUAUCGUGGUGAAUGCCGUGAUUGUACUUAAUGUCUCACUCAGAUCACCUCACACCCACUCCAUGGCCCAAGGGGUCCGCAAGGUGUUCCUGCACCUACUGCCUCAACUACUAAAGAUGCACAUGAGACCCCCGGCCCCCAGGCGCCUCACCAGACGUCUACAGAAUGGUUCUUCUGGAAGGCCAGGGCUCAACGGAGAAGGAGUUGCCCCAUGGAUGCCCUGCACUGAGCUUGUGUUCCAGCAGCGCUGGGAGAGGGAUGGGCUGGUGAAGGCUGCACUGGAAAAGAUAGGGAAUGGUCUGGAGUCUGGGCACAGUCAGGAGUUUUGUGCCAGCCUGAAGCAGGCGGCGCCCACCAUCCAGGCCUGUGUGGAUGCCUGCAAGCACAUCGCCUGGACCAGGAGACACCAGAGACAUUAUGACAACGAGAACGAAGAAUGGAUGCUGGUGGGCCGCGUCCUGGACCGCGUGUGCUUCGUGGCCAUGACGGCGCUCUUCUUCUGCGGCACCUUCGGCAUCUUCCUCAUGGCCCACCACAACCAGGUCCCGGCGCUCCCUUUCCCCGGGGAUCCUCGCCCUUACGGGCCGUAGCCAUGGCGGGCAGCGACCAGGCCGCCCCUGCGGGAAAGCAGAGAAGAGCCUGGGGGGGAAGGCCGCCCCCCCCCACGUCCUGCCCUCCCUGCGGGAAAGCAGAGAAGAGCCUGGGGAGGAAGGCCGGGCGGGGACAAUAAAG